UGCGGAUUUUAAAAUGAACCAAGGGACAUGUUUAUUGUGUUUUACUGUUACAAAAAUAUUUAAUAUUAAAUAUACUCACUUGCAAAAUGUGUACGAAGAAUUAUCAGGCAUUGAGAUACAAGCUGACCCUCACCCGCUGUGCUACAUUUGCUACACAAAGCUUCUUCAGAGCCAGCAACUGUUGAAGCAAAUACAAGAUAAUAGUAGAGCCAGUCAGCCUGAUGUGAGACCUUUAGUACACCUGUCCAUGGUAGCCAGUUACGCCUGGUCUCUGCCACAUCAUUCUGCAAACAUCCAGUUACAUCCAGUCACUGCUAAGGAAGAAACUAUGGAAGAAGAAAGCGCGGAAAGUCCAAGUCAUUACGAAGCCGAAAGUACUGGAGAAUCAGCGUACGAGCAUAUUCCCACGGAGCCGACACAAGAUGACACAAAACAUUAUGCUUCUAUAAAAGAAGAAUGUGCGGAAAGUCCAAGUCAUUACGAAGCCGAAAGUACUGGAGAGUCAGCGUACGAGCAUAUUCCCACGGAGCCGGCACAAGAUGACACAAAACAUUAUGCUUCUAUAAAAGAAGAAUGUGCGGAAAGUCCAAGUCAUUACGAAGCCGAAAGUACUGGACAACCAGCGUACGAGCAUAUCCCCACAAAGCCGACACAAGAUGACACAAAACAUUAUGAUUGUAAUGUCUGCAACAAAACAUUCAUUUCUACAAGACUUUUAAAAAUACACCACGAGCAAAUUCACCCUAAACUAAAACCUGACAAGUGUGAUGUUUGUAGUAAAUCGUUUUGUCAAAAAAGUAACUCAAGGGGUCAUAUACUAAUACAUGCCAAUGUAAAGCCUUAUAGUUGUGAUGUUUGUAGUGAGACAUUUAGGCACAAAUCUAACUUAAACAGACACAUACUAAUACAUGCCACUGAAAAGCCUUAUAGUUGUGAUGUUUGUAGUAAGACAUUUAGGCGGAAAGGUCACUUAAACAGUCACAUACUAAUACAUUCCAAUGAAAAGCCUUACAGUUGCGAUGUUUGUAGUAAGACAUUUAGGCGGAAAGGUCACUUAAACAGUCACAUACUAACACAUGGCACUGAAAAGCCUUAUAGUUGUGAUGCUUGUAGUAAGACAUUUAGGCGGAAAGGUCACUUAAACAGUCACAUACUAACACAUGGCACUGAAAAGCCUUAUAGUUGUGAUGUUUGUUGUAAGACAUUUAGCCAGAAAGGUGCCUUAAACAGUCACAUACUAAUACAUUCCAAUGAAAAGCCUUACAGUUGCGAUGUUUGUAGUAAGACAUUUAGGCAGAAAGGUACCUUAAACAGUCACAUACUAACACAUGGCACUGAAAAGCCUUAUAGUUGUGAUGUUUGUAGUAAGACAUUUAGGCGGAAAGAUAGCUUAAACAGUCACAUACUAAUACAUACCACUGAAAAACCUUAUAGUUGUGAUGAUUGUAGUAAGACAUUCAGGGAGAAAGAUGCCUUAAAAAGACACAUACUAAUGCAUUCCAAUGAAAAGCCUUAUAGUUGUGAUGUUUGUAGUAAGACAUUUAGGCGAAAAAGUAGCUUAAACUGUCACCUACUAAUACAUGGCACUGAAAAACCUUAUAGUUGUGAUGUUUGUAGUAAAUCGUUUUAUCAAAAAAGUACCUUAAAGGGUCAUAUACUUAUACAUGCCAAGGAAAAACCUUAUAGUUGUGAUGUUUGUAGUAAGACAUUCAGUCGGAAAGGUAACUUAAACAUUCACAUACUAAUACAUUCCAAUGAAAAGCCUUAUAGUUGUGAUGUUUGUAGCAAGUCGUUUCAUCAAAUAAAUACCUUAAACCGUCACAAACAAAUACAUGCCACCGAAAAGCCUUAUAGUUGUGAUGUCUGUAGUAAGACAUUUACGCAUAAACAUAAAUUAAACAGUCACAUACUAAUACAUGCCACUGAAAUGCCCUAUAGCUGUGAUGUUUGCAGUAAGUCGUUUCAUCGAAAAGGUGCUUUAGACAGUCACAUACUAAUACAUACCACUGAAAAGCCUUAUAGUUGUGAUGUUUGUAGUAAGACAUUUAGGCAGAAAUGUACCUUAAACAGACACAUACAAAUACAUACCACUAAAAAACGUUAUAGUAUUGAUGUUUCUAGUAAGACAUUUAGGCGAAACAGUAACUUAAACAGUCACCUACUACAUGCCACUGAAAAACCUUAUAGUUGUGAUGUUUGUAGUAAAUCGUUUCGUCAAAAAGGUACCUUAAAGAGUCAUAUACUAAUACACACCACUGAAAAGCCUUAUAGUUGUGAUGUUUGUAGUAAGACAUUUAGACAGAAAGGUCACUUAAACAGGCACAUACUAAUACAUUCAAAUGAAAAGCCUUAUAGUUGUGAUGUUUGUAGUAAGUCGUUUAAUGAAAAAAGUAACUUAAACAAGCACAUACUAACACAUGCCACUGAAAAGCCUUAGGGUGGGUUCACCAACUUACUUUAACUAUAGGGACCGUGCAGAAACUAUA